CCCUCUACGUUUCCUACAUGUUCAGCACUUUUAUUCGCUCCCUCAGUCCACGCAUGUCCUUCGACCCGGUUUUACAACUUAACUGCAGUGUUUUACCGCCAGUUUAUUAUGCUGUGCGCUGUUGCCAGAGCAAGCCUGUAUGCAGUUCACCACACAUUUCUUACCGGGUUCAAAACAGCUCACUUUAAACAGCUCCGCAAUAUGUCUCACUCUAAACUCCCCGUGACGCUGCUCGGCUCCAUGGCGUUCGGUGGACGCGCGGACCCGCACCUGAGCGCGCAAAUGGUCCAGGUGUUCCUUGAGCGCGGGCACAAUGAGCUGGACACUGCAUACAUGUACACUGACGGACAAUCAGAGACCAUCAUAGGAGGUCUGGAGCUCCCCAAAACAGUUAGAAUUGCCACUAAAGCAAACCCCUGGGACGGCAAGACACUCAAACCUGAAAGUGUUCAUCAUCAGCUGGAAACAUCCCUGAAGAGACUGUGCACUCAGUGUGUUGAUCUCUUUUACCUGCACGCGCCAGACCACCAAAACCCCAUUCAAGACACAUUACAGGCCUGCAAUGAACUCUAUAAAGAGGGGAAAUUCAAGGAGCUGGGCUUAUCAAACUAUGCAUCAUGGGAAGUGGCCGAAAUCUACUGUAUCUGCAAACACAAUAACUGGGUGCUUCCUACUGUAUAUCAGGGCAUGUACAACGCAACCACACGGCAAGUGGAGACAGAACUGUUGCCAUGUUUAAGAUACUAUGGCAUGCGCUUCUUCGCAUACAAUCCCCUGGCAGGUGGGCUGCUCACUGGGAAGUAUCACUAUGAAGAUAAGGAGGGAGUUCAGCCUGCAGGUCGAUUCUUUGGCAACAACUGGGCUGGUGCCUACAGGGACAGAUACUGGAAGGAAAGUCAUUUUAAGGCCAUAGAUGUUGUUCAUAAAGCUCUGGAAGCAGCAUAUGGCUCGAAGAAACCGACACUUACGUCAGCUGCUAUACGCUGGAUGUAUCAUCACUCUCAACUAAAGGGAGAUCUGGGUGAUGGCGUCAUUAUCGGGAUGUCCACCAUGGAUCAGCUGAAUGAGAAUCUGACGGCAGCUGCAGAAGGACCACUCAAACAGGAAGUCGUGGACGCUUUCAAACAUGCCUGGGAUUUAGUAGCUCACGACUGUCCAAACUACUUCCGCUAGACAGCACCAUAGCAACAAGAGAAAAGGAUCCCCAAUUAUAUGAACCAUGAUUUAUAAGAACUAAUACAAGAGAUUAUUUUACUUUUUUAUGGUAUAAUUAUUUUUUUCAUAUGAAUGAACAGUGAUAAAUUGAGUUGGACCAGCCUUCGUCUUACUAAUAAACUCAGAAAGUAAAACUUUCAUGCAAAUCAAACAAGCUUUAUGAAAUAAGCACUUAAUUUAUUACCGGUUUCCAGACCGUAAAUGCUGACAUUAGGAUGCAGUAUAAAAUCAAAUCUUAAAGGAUCUGUUUUAUGUCCAUCUUACAGAGAUGAAAUGACUUCUCCAGUAAGAAUAACACAAUCACCUGUUUGUCUCACUACAGCUGAUGUAGCUUGUUUUUAUACUAUACAAUGCUAGUAUGACAUUUUCAGUGGCGUUUACAAACCAAAAACAGACGCACACAACUGAACACAGUGUUCCGGUGACUUUGACUGUCGCUGGGUAAAAGAAUUCACAAAUCAGAGAAAGUGCUCAGAAAAAGCACUUUUCAUGCGUCUUUGUCAGAUCAACACAAAUAAAGAAAAUGUUCAU